AUGGACACUGUUGUGCUCAUCAUCAAUGUGGUUGCAAUCUGUAUCUACGUGGCCCUAAAAGGGAUUCAAUUCCGAAUCCAUAAAAAAUACGCGCUGAGAGAGCCACUGAGGAGUUUGGUAAUCCGAAAUGCGGUUCAUAAUGGAGUUCAGUUCACGUUGGGGCUCCUCUUGCGACCGCAAAUAUACUUCUCCGUCUUCCACUUCUCCAUCACCUCCUCCCCCAACACUUGGAUCCCUAUGCCUCCUCAACUCCUCCAUCUUCUACUGUGCACCUAUUUCGCUAUCAUUGCUAUCCGUCCAGUCACAAAUCUCGUCAACUAUUUAAAGCACAAAAAACACCAUGAUGCCAAGUUUUUGUGGACACUGAUCGAAAUUUCGCUAAUGACUGGAAUACUUUUGACUCAAGCGGGGAUUGCUUAUGCUGAUUGGGAUUAUGAAGAGUCUGGAGUGAUCUCGGUGGCGAAAAUUAAAGUGGCGGAAGGGAUCCAGAUCUUUUUGACGGUCGUAGCGAUGAUCGUCCACCUCUCCAUUUCUCUCUUGGAUUCCCCCAUUGACUCAACCUACCGUCAAAACAUACAACCUUCUGAAGUGGCGACCCUCAACGCCUAUUUCAAUGCUCUCAAGUGGCAAAACUAUAUUACAACUCUAUCAGUAUGUGUGUCACUUGGAAUCCCAGGUGUGCUGCAUGCAUUUAACUUGGAUGGAAAUAAUUACACGGAGAAUCUCAAGUCAUUGAUGACAUUUUCGGUGGUUUUAGCACCGCUUUUCGAGGAGAUAGUGGUUAUGUGGAUUGGACGGAAGGAUAGCAGAUCAAAUAUCGCCAAAGUCACCAUAAUUGGGGAAAGAGAGGAAGGAGAAAAUGGAUGGUUCAAGAAAGUGAUUGGUUUUAUAAUAACCACUAUGAUGGCACGUCGGCAUGUGUAUAUUCAUCGAGGAUGA